AUGACGUCACGAAUUCGUGCAGACGAUGCAGAAAUCAGUCGCUUGUUGAAUGAAACGAGCGAUGAAGAGAUUCAGGUGUCCGAUAGUGAAAAUGAAGACAAUUUAUUAAAAGAUGACUUACAAACAGAUACUGAAGACUAUGAUGUGAGUGCUCAACCAGUGGUGAACCCAUUGAAUGCUGAAGAUGUGUCAGAAAAUGACUCUGAACCUUCUGAAAGUGCUUCGUCAAGUGUGCCGAGUUAUAUUAUCAUGCCACAGCGUCAAAUUCUUAGAGGCAAAACGAUCAUCUUUGGACGGCCACUAAAGGCAGAACAAGUGGCAGAUAUAUUUAUUACUGAUGACAUUGUGGAGGAGAUAACAAAAUGGACCAACGCUGAAAUCCAGCUGAAGAUUCAAAGACCUGAUGUUAAAACCACCUUUAAAACUACAACUUGUGAAGAAGUUCGGGCUCUUUUCGGCAUACUGCCACUAACAGCUGCUAUGAAGGAUAAUCAUUUGACUACGGAUGAGCUAUUUGAUUGUUCGUAUUCAGGAAACAGAUAUGUUGCUGCCAUGAGUAGAGAUAGAUUCGAUUUUCUGAUAAGGUGUUUGAGAAUGGACGACAAAUCUUUGCGGCCAGAACUAAGGGCUACUGAUACAUUUGUACCAAUUAGAAAAAUAUGGGAGAUCUUCAUUAUCCACUGCCGAUCCAAUUACAUCCCCAGACCUUAUGCAACCAUCGACGGAUAG